UGGCUCCUGAUUUCAUGUAGGGUCCGAGUUAUUCCGAACGUGUUGCCGCUUUCCGAUGAUUGGAAGUUAUGCCGCUAAACAGAAUAUUUACAAAAUUCUUUAAGCUGGAUGAAAAAAGAGCACUUCAGGCAGAGUUCCAUCGUAUAGGUUCCAAACCAGGUCCACAGAAGUGGCUCCCAGAGGAUCAGUUGUCGGAAAUUGAAGACUUAUUGCAUGAUAUAAUUCAGAAAUGUUUGAAUGACAAAGGGAAGACAGAGAAGAAGUCAGAAAAAUCUAGUCAGAUUAUAACAGGAAACACUGUGAAAAUAGGAUGUGUGUUAAAGAAGUCACAGUCUGGUGAUCUUUUGUUAGAGGAAAACAGUGAUGGUGAAUCUGUCUCCCGGACAUUGUACGGACAAAAGUUGGUUGUGUAUGUGUGUCCACUAGAACCAGGAAGUCCUAACUGUGGAUCAGAGCUAUACAAGGCAAUGGCAAGGAAUGAGAGUGGAAGUAAGAUGGUGAAGAUCAGUUCCUACUUCAGUAAGGCUGGGGGGACUGGUACUCAUGGUAGAGGCCAGGCUACAGGGGCCACAUCCUCCACAACAUCCUCAUCCCAGGACCAGAAAGAUGUCAUCAAGAACAUAAUGAAACGAGGAAAAAUGUCAAAGCACAGCAAGAAAAAAAAGUCAUCAGCUGGAAAGAAAGAACAGCAGAAAGACACAACACAGAACACACAUACUACUGACCAGUUAAAAAAAAGGACAUCCACAGAUGACAACAUUAAACAUAGUAUAAACAGCUGUUCUAAGUUUCCUCAGACUUCAGCUUAUGUGGACAUUCAAAGUGAUGACGAAGAUUUGGAAAUGGAAGGUUCCUGUGUCAGUAUGUAUAGACAUAAAUCUAAAAUUGAUAACUCACGAGAGAAGAGCAAUUCCAUGGCCACUAGAAAUACUCAUGGUACAAGUUCUUUCAGUACUAAACAGGCUGAUAAUGUAGGCGAGGGGAGACAUUCUAUAGCCUCAAAUAACACUGGAAAUGCUUGUGUUAAAAGUGCUCUUGGAACCAUAACUGUUUGUGAUGUUUCUUCAUCUUCUUCACUGGACUGCCCACCUGAUGAUGAACCCACCAUUACUGUGUAUAGUGCAGAACAGGUACAAGAGCUCAACUUACUGGUGCAGCCUUCCUGUCCUGCUACCUCUGUGACAGUAGACAGGUGUGAACCAGUAAUGACUACCUCAGACCCCAGUCCGGAGUCAGGACAAGAUGACUCCAAUGACAGUAUAUUACCUUCUUAUAGUUUUAUACAGCAAAAACCUGAUGCUAGGUCUGUCUGUGAGGACAAUAGUGAGUUAGACAAUAAUUUAGAUGUAGACAGCGAUCCUCUUUUUCAUCAAUAUGUUGAUGUUGGUGUUGACUUUGAUGACAUUAGAUUUAGUGAUUCCUCUUGUGAUGAUAAUUCUCCGUCUAAAACUUCUCCCUGUAGGACAUUGGAGGGACAGGACAAACCUCCACCAGACAACUUGGACUCGGAUAGUGCUGAUUGUCUUAUCGCUUUAAAGCGACGCAUGUCUAGAAAAAGAGUUUUACCCAACUUCCCAGAUGAAACAAAGUCUGAUGAAGAAAUGCCACAUAAAAGACAAAGGUGUGAUUCAGAUAAAAAAUCUUCAAAUCGGGCUAAUGUAACAGAUGAUCCUAAUGUGCAAACAAUGACUACUUCUAUAUCUCAGUCUGCUGAUGACUUACCAUCACUGAUGAGAAGUAGACAUGUGCGUCGAUCUCCACGAAAGUUUAAACAGGCUACCCUGAAAUUACAGGGCGGGAAUCUGGCCAUCACAAAGAAACAAACUUCCAAACCACGUGUAUCUCGGCAGGACGAAGAGGACUUCAUGAUGAUGGAGGACGAGGAAUCAAAACGGCUAAGAUCAGACCUCCGCCGGGAAAUAAUACAUGCUGAAAGUGUAAAAGAUUUAAACGAACAGCAUGUGUGGUUCCUUGUUCAAGAAAAUAAACGAUACUUGAAAGAUAUUUUUGAGGGCAAGAUUCCAUGUGAAAGACAUAAGCAGUUCAAGCAGGGUGGGAAAACGAGAUACCGUUUGAACUAUCAAGUUUACCUCAGUCUCUUCACUGAUGAACAGCAGGAUGUUGUCAUGGAAGCACUUAUGGCCAUAUUUUGUAAGAAAGAUCACGGGUUCCUGGAUUACGUGAUGAAAGUAAUGUUGCCAGAGAUUCUCAUCAAGAUCUACAUGGAGGUCACCGGCUUAGAUCAUGACGAGGUAGACGAAAUCAUGGCUAGAGGAGGUAAAUAGAUGGAGAUCUGGUGGCCAAGAAUGGAAGACUUCACAGCUUUAGGAGAAAGAUAUUGGAUAUUGUCACUGGAAUAUAGAAGACUUCAUAGCUAGAUGAGGAAGAUAUAUGUCGUAUAUGUCACUAGAAUAUGGAAGACUUAGUGGAGGAAGAUAGAAUCACAGGGAUGCAGAGAAUUUCACUGUUGAAGUAGAGGAUGAAGUCAUGAGGAGAUAUUUACAUCUAGAGGAUGUUGUGUAGUACAUGUAUGUGGUUUAUUUACCAGGGUUUGAACUCUUGUACCAGUGAUCAUUCAUGUCUCCCAAACAUACAAGACAGUAGAUCAAAAUUAACCAUGUCAAGAUGUUCGGCAAGACUCUAAAAAUCUUUAUUUUAAGUGUUAGUUGUAAUGCAGUGGGAAUAAGUGCAUAUAGGUUAUGAGUUAUGUUUUUAUAUAUAUUUAGUUAGGAUAUAUUAAUGACAUUUUGACAUUUCACUUUUAGUACUGAAACAGAUAGAUGGCUAUAUUGUUUUGAAUAUUAUAUGUAUCUUAGGAAUUCUGAAGCCAAGAGGACCCAAUCUCUGUACCUGGUGUACAAGUAACACUCAGUUGUCUGUGUGUUCUCUACAGAUUUCAUGUUGACCUAUAUCUAAGUGUUGAUCAUGAGAUUCAUGUUACAAUGGUCUGUUUUUAUUCUCGAAUUUUGUUAUCCAUGUUUUCCUUUGAUACAUGUUCAUAAAUCACAAUGAUAGAAUAAAAGUUGUGAUAUCAACCUGUCUACUGAA